UCAAAAUAUUUGGUCACGUGAAAAGGUUCGAUAAGACGUGAAUUUGUCCCACUAAAUACACAGCACGUGGGUUCGAUUCCGAGCUGCUCAACUUCUAGAUUAAAAAUAAAUAAAAAAUAAAAACAAUGGUUGAACUAGAAAAAAAAACUAAACUAAAAAAAUCAAAGAAAAAUUUAGAAGAUUUGGGUAAUGUGGUCAGAAGAAGACCGAGAACAAGGUCAAUGUCAGAAGUUGAUGACACGAUUGAUGAUAAGCCAAAGUUAGAAGAAGAUCCUGGAGAUUUUAGCAACUUUAAAAUAUCAAAGAAAACUGUUAAAAAGUUAAUUGCAAAUGGUGUCAAUAAACUAUUUCCUGUUCAGUAUACAACAUAUAAUGCUAUACUUGAUGGUUCAGAUGUGAUUGUUCAAGCCAGAACUGGCACUGGCAAAACACUUGGGUUUGCUCUACCAGUUUUGGAAAAAUUAAAAAAUAUAGAUAGUGAACAAAAACGUAAAAGUCCCCUGGUGCUAACUCUUGCCCCAACAAGAGAACUUGCAAUACAAAUCUGCAAAGAAGUUGAAAAGUAUAAACCACGCCAGAUGACAAUUUCAUGUUUUUAUGGUGGUGCACCGUAUGACAAACAAGAACAAGAAUUGAGAAAUGGUAUUGACUUUUUAGUUGGAACCCCUGGAAGAAUAUUAGAUCACAUAAACAAAGGAAGAUUAGAUGUCUCUAAAUUACAAUAUGUAAUACUUGAUGAAGCUGACCGUAUGAUGGAUAUGGGUUUUCAAGAAUCAAUGGAGGAAAUACUGUCAUAUGCUUACACUGAAGAUAAUAAACCACAAACAUUACUAUUUUCUGCUACAGUUCCAGCAUGGCUACAGAAAAAUUCAGAGAAAUAUUUAACAAAAAAUCUUAAGAAAUUUGAUUUAAUUGGUCGCGAUAAAAACAAAGGGGCUACUACUGUGGAACACAAAGCAAUAAAAUGCACAUACUGGGAUAGACCAUCUACAAUUAAGGACAUUAUACAGCAAUAUAGUGGAAAGUUUGGAAAAACAAUAAUUUUUACAUCAACAAAGCAAGAAGCAAACGAACUGGCAUUGAACUCUGUAAUAAAUAUGGAUUCUCAAGUUUUGCAUGGAGAUAUUCAACAAAAACAGAGAGAGCUUACUCUUCAGAGUUUUAGAAAUGGAAAGUUUAACUGUCUCAUUGCUACAGAUGUUGCUGCUCGUGGGCUUGAUAUACCUGAAGUUGACUUGGUUAUUCAAACAGAACCUCCAAAAGAUGUUGACUCUUACAUCCAUAGAGCUGGAAGAACUGGACGUGCUGGUCGUAAAGGUGUUUGCAUUAUAUUUUACAAACCUGGUCAAGAAUAUGGAGUUGCUGCUGUUGAACACAAAGCUGGUAUUUCGUUCACAAGAAUUGGCGCACCUCAACAAAAAGAUUUGAUUGCUGCUUCGGCUGAAGAUGCUGUUAGAUCUUUAGAUGAAGUAAAAGAAGAUGUCAUAAGCUACUUUCUUGAUUGUGCUAGAGACCUUAUUGAAAAAAGGGGAGCAGAGAAAGCUCUUGCUGCUGCAUUAGCUUAUAUUUCUGGAACAACAGAAAUAGUCAAUAGAUCUAUGUUAACGUCUCAACCUGGUUAUACUACAUAUCUCAUGAAACAAAACUUGGAACUUCGAAGCACUGGAUUAAUAUGGCACACGUUAAGGCGUUAUUUUGAUCAAACAUUUAUUGACAGUAUAAAAGGAAUGAGAAUAUGCAAAGACAAACUUGGUUGCGUUUUUGAUGUUCCGACAGAAAGCAUUAAAGUGAUAGAGGAAUGUUGGAAAGGAGAUAAGUUUUCAACUCUUGAACCAAUUACAGAACUUCCAGAAUUAAUGGAAGGUGUGCAAGGAUUUCAAAAUAAUACUGGAGCUGGAUACAGAGGUUCGAAUUCAGGUAGCUGGAACAAUGGUAAUAAUAGAGGAGGCAAUGGAGGAUUUGGAAAUAAAAGAACAUUUAGUCAGUCAAACAGUUAUAAUAAUAGUAGCAAUAAAAGACCAAGAAAUUUUUAAUGUUAUAUAUAAAUUUUUUAACUCAUCUAUUUAUUUAACUGGGAAGGCGAGACAAAGAAUUUUAUUUGCUUUCAUUUCAUUUGCAUUAUGUAAAAUAUUUUAAAAAUUGAUAUAACAAGUCUUGAA